GUUGGUCCACUUCCUGUCCAGUGCUUCCAGCUACUGUUGCCAUUGCGGCUAAUUCACAACAAUGCUCAGGCAAAGAUAACAGUGUUUUGUUGUCUGCUUUUGCUCAUUUUCGACCUUAAACGCCGAAGUGUUUGUUUAUUAUAAGCACAAGACAUCUGUCUUUGGACGGCACUGCAGUUGCUCAAUUCACAUGGACACUUCGCCCUAGCCAUGUGCAAGUGUGUUUACGCUACCCGUGCGUGCUCGCUGAUUGGCCCAACAGGCGCCGUGACGUAGGUAUUGCAUAAUUUUGCACGGCGAGGUGGUGCGGCUCGAGCUUGCGGAUACACGUGAGACGACUACGGUCUGUCUGAGGAGGUGACCUACUUCUGAACACCACUCCGUCUACAGCCUCUAUCUCUCUGUCUGUCAACCACUUAAUAUAUGCAUUUAGGUCAUUUCUAACCUUUAUGCAUUUAAGAACACAGUGUCACGUAUUUCUUGUGUGUGUAUGUAUUUAAUUUUCCCCUUGAACAUGACUGCCCUAAUGAUACUGGCAUAAACAGUGCAGCCAUUUUGUGUGUGUGUGUGUGUGUGAAAUCCUAGCAUUUCUUUCCAUUUCAUAUCUGUGAAAGUCUCACCUAAACUACUACAAUAUUGCUAAUAUGCAUAAACAAUAAGCAUACUAGCAUUAGAGCUUCUCCGGGGGGAAAACCUGUUGAGCUCUCCUCUUAUUCCUUACAUCCACAUUCAAUACAUUUUCUUCCCCAUUGAAUUAAAAACCUUUUCGUGACAGGAAUGUGUGCUUCAUGGACUCGUGUGCUUUGAGGAUCGUCAUCUGUUUUAGCUGCACCCUUUCUGAAAGGACAAUUAUGUAAUGGAGUUACCUAACCGCAGAGAUCGGGAGGCAGAUUUCAGGUUAAACUAGUUCAGAAAUAAUUAUAAAGAAGCUCCACAUAAGUCUCAUUCAUUUGCUUUCUUCCUGAGAACGGAGAAUUUUCUCGGGGUGUUACUGUAUGCUAACAUGGUGCAAUUAUUUAACCAGGAGCUCCUGAAUGUUUUAUAGCCAGGGAUCUGUUUUAACUCGCAGCGCCGAUUAAAUAAGGAAUAUUUUGUCUACUUAUCGGGUGCCAGGGCUUUUUUAUUAUUUAUUCAUUUUUCAACUUUGUUAAUGUUAGGUUGUAAAUUCCACUUUGCCCAUUACGAGAUCAAGAGCUUUGUUAGAUAACAACGUAACAGCAAGCCUUACACCGAUCAGCCAUUGUGACAUUAAAACUACUGACAGAUUCAUUUUCAGGCUCAAACAACCCACAUAUGUAUAUGACUGGGUAGAUGGAACAAGAAAGGAGGCGUUAUAGCCUACAUCAGCUCAUCCAGUUCGGCCUCCAGCCCCGAGUCGUGCCACAGCGACAGCUCCAACAGCAGCUACCAGUUUUCAUCCUCUUCCCCUAGUGCGUCUUUUUCCAACCGCCACACCGGACAGCAGAUGGACGCGGCCAGCUUCUCCCAGCCUCAGAGUCACAGCACGACCAAGACACGCUCUCCGUCUACCACCAAAUCUGGUAUCACCAAGAUCAGUGGCCUGGUGUUGCUGUGUAAAGUGUGCGGAGACGUGGCUUCAGGGUUUCAUUACGGUGUUCACGCCUGCGAGGGCUGCAAGGGUUUCUUCCGGAGGAGCAUCCAACAGAACAUCCAGUACAAGAAGUGCCUUAAGAAUGAGAACUGCCCCAUCAUGCGCAUCAACAGGAACCGAUGCCAGCAGUGCCGCUUUAAGAAGUGUCUGCUGGUCGGCAUGUCGAGAGACGCUGUGCGUUUCGGUCGUAUCCCGAAGCGAGAGAAACAGCGCAUGCUGCUCGAGAUGCAGAGCGCCAUGAACAACAUGAUGAACAACAGCCAGCUGCAUGGCAGCAGUCCUCCAGUUUCCAGCAGCCAGACUCAAGCUUGUCCAGCAAAGCCAACAGCUCAUGCUUCUCCUUCCUUCUCCCCUGCCUCUUCCCCUCAAAGCAGCCAAUCUGAGCUCAGCAAUGACCCUGAGCCUUCACUCCCAAUGGACACAAGCCCAAGCUCUGACUCAUCCAGUGCCACAGACAGUGGCGAGGAAGAGGUCGUCGGCACGGGGACGAGGCCGGGUCACGAAGGCGAACGCAUUAUGGACAACACGCAAGAGGUCUGGAACCACCAUAAUAACAUAGCUACAGUGACACGCCAGCACCAACGUUUACACUACACCCCUCAGGAUACUCCGGAAGCACCAGAGGAAGAAAACUCUCUCAGCCACUGCCCUGUCAGAGUGAGCAACAGUGCCUCUAGCGGUCAGUGCCACGUCCAGCUGCUCGCCAGUGCUGACCCGAGUCACCCAUGCUCUGCCUCUGUUAUUGGCCAGCCGCUUCGGGCGCACAACUCCAACGCAACCCGAGCCAACGCGAGCUACACUGGUCCAGCUUGGAGUGGAGGAAACCGAAUGCAUCUGGUGUGUCCCAUGAACACUUCUCCCUACGUGGACCCACAUAAAUCAGGACACGCUAUCUGGGAGGAGUUCUCCAUGAGCUUCACCCCGGCUGUAAGGGAGGUGGUGGAGUUUGCCAAACGCAUCCCCGGGUUCAGGGAGCUGUCGCAGCACGACCAGAUCAGUCUCCUCAAAGCGGGUACUUUUGAGGUGCUGGUGGUACGUUUCGCAUCAUUGUUUGACGUGAAGGAGCGCACUGUGACCUUCCUGAGUGGGAAGAAGUACAGCGUGGAGACGCUGUGCUCUAUGGGUGCCGGUGACCUGCUCAACUCCAUGCUGGAUUUCAGCGAGAAGCUGCGAACUCUGGACCUCAGUGAGGAAGAGAUGAGCCUCUUCACUGCUGUUGUACUUGUCUCUGCAGACCGCUCAGGCCUGGAGAACGCCAAGUCAGUAGAAGCUCUACAGGAGUCGCUGAUCCGCACCUUGCGCAGCCUCAUCACGCAGAGCCACCCGAACGAGAGUGCCAUCUUUACCAAGCUGCUUCUCAAACUCCCGGAGCUGCGCUCGCUCAACAACAUGCACUCGGAGCAGCUCCUGGCCUUCAAGGUCCAGCCAUGAAAAGCAGAUCUUCUCAAACUCCUCCUGUAGCUUGCGCAGCCCUCUUCAGCCGCAGAACCUGCAGAUUCUGGACUUUUAUCCAAUCAGAUCUUUCCACAGCUGGAGGCAUGAUAUAGAGGUGGAAGGGAGAAAUGAGCUGGGUUCAGUGUACUGUAAAGGUGUACAGAGUGACUAAAUCCGGACUGAAAAAAGAGAUUACAGAGAGAGGCUGUGAUCCUUAGCGGAGAGACUGUAUGCAGUCCUCGUUCAGAGGCACCUUCUUGAAUUUGAUUUUAGACUUUAAACUGCUUACGUGUCCGUGCAAUAUGUGACCCAUGUUUACUGUUCAUGGUUUUUUUUGUCUUUUUAUGGUUGGAGAAAUGCUGCUGUCUACAUACUGCAAUGCUGUGGACGAUGGUGGAUGUUGGUACCGUAUAAGAACAUUUCUUUCACUUAAGUAGAUGGUGCCUAACACAGACUUUUAUAUAUAUAUAUAUAAUAUGUAACAGAUGUAUGGAAAUAUCCCACCAUUGGUAUACUCCAAAAUAUAUAUAUAUAUAUUUUGGAGUAUACCAAUGGUGGGAUAUUUCCAUACAUCUGUUACGCUAAACACAAGUAAAGUACCAGAAAUAAGAUGAAUGUGGAAGAAGCUGCUAAAUGUAAGCUUUUUAUUAUAAUGGCUGGUAAAAUGGUGACCUGGAGAAGAAUGUUUACCAGAUAUAUAUAUAUAUAUACAUAUACAUAUAUAAAUAUAUUUUCCUGAGUACUUCUAGCUGAGUAAUAUGAUGCUGAUUUUUUUAGUUUAGCCUAAUGGUGCAGCUGUGUAUAUGUUUUGUGAACGAUAAGAUUAUAUUUGGUUUUAAUUGAUAGAAAAACGCUCUGGCAGUGUUUCUACAUGACAGGGAUUUUAGAAGCCGACUUGAUAAGUUAGUAGCCUGCAUGCACUGUUCAAUAAUCAUCAACGGGACCCAAUCGAAAAACAUUCAGUAAAAGUCAAACACUCCCUGACACUUUAUCAGGUUGUAUAUAUAAACACGA